AAAAUACUUUCAUUUUUAUCCUCACUUCUUGACCAACAAAUUCCAACAUGUAGUACCCCCUACAACAACAGCAACUAAACACAUCCCGUGCUAUAUUUUCCGGUACGUGACGACUUUCAAGAGUGUUUACAACAUGACGCUGUACAUGUACGUGAUGUUUUUGCAUGGUGUGACGUGUACUACUAAACCAUGCCAAGAGGAUAUUGUAAAUCAAGAUUAGGUAUCGCCGCUUUUACCAGUUGUCUUUGACAUUAAAUUCGAUAUAUACUGUGGAUUUCUUGUAUCGUUUUGUUUCUGUGUAGCUUAUUAAAGACAACAAAGCCAAGUAUUCUGCUUACAGUGAUGAUGUUACUACAGGUCUUACAGCUGUAUGCCUGCUUCAUCGGAUACGAAUGUUUCAUGUUCCCUGGCUGAAACAAGCUUAACGCGACUAUUGAACAAAACUACAUCAGAUCCUUAAAAUAGUAAAUUAUUCGGUAACAUCUGUGUUUUGCGCUUUCAUAGAUCUAUGCUUCAAAAACAGGUUGUAAUUUAAAUGGGGUUGUACGCGGGAAUAUUCAAUUUUAUUUUAUUAAACUUUUUUCCCUUUUUGUAACCAGUUGACAACUUUUUCUGAAGAAAAUGUCAAAUGACCUAAUCAAUUUUUUACUCUUAAAGUCAGUUUUGAUUUGAGCGAAAUAAAAUAUCUAAAAUUGAUAAAUGCUUAAUAUCAUAUUGGCUUUUAAGUGUGCGAAGUCAGGACUAGUACAGGUAACAUCCCGUGACUAUGGAGCCCUCACGUGAAGCCCACUAGAAAACGACAACGAAAACAUCACGCGCCUCGCAACGUACGCGACUUUCGUUCGGCCAAACAAAAAAGCUUUUCAAGCUUAAAUAAGGAUUUAGUUUCAUAAUAAAGUCUGCUUAACUUUAGGCAGAUCCGUUUGUUCUUCCUUUAUAGUCCACUGAACUUUGUGUCAUAUUGGAACUGUUACUAUUUUGGUCAAUUUUUUUAUUUAAUGGACCAUCUUAAAAAUUUCUCAAGUGCGUGUAGUUAAUGGCCCUUGUUCAUUAGUUAUUUAGUUUAGAUUAUUCCAAGGAAUGGGCAGGAAAUAAAAUCAGUGCAUCUUAAUGUUACAUUUAUCUUUAGAUACUUAAAAAUUGUAAGACUAUGCAAUUGUAAGGGGAAUUUUAAGUUUUUUUUCUUCUUCUUCUUUUUCUUCUUCUUUUUCUUCUUCUUUUUCUUCUUCUUUUUCUUCUUCUUUUUCUUCUUCUUUUUCUUCUUCUUUAAGUAAGGUUUCAAAUUCGGUCACGAGACCCCCUCAUUGUUUACUGAAAGGUCGGGGAUUGGGACAUUGACACUGUCUAUAAUAAAUUAUAUUCUGUUUCCGAUCGUUUGUAAAGCCAUUACUCCACAAUUUUCUGGGCAUACCUGUCGACUCUUUCUACAAGUAGCUGGCUAUAUUCGUCUCCGCUGAACUGGUUAAAUAGGGUAGAAUUUUCGGUAAAGCUAUGGUUGAGGAAUCUGAGAUUCAGUCGAUACCCCAAGCGAUGACGAGUCUAAAGCGAUUAAGCCUUCAAGAGCUUGAACAUAUUUCUGUACCAAGAACCCGCCAUGCACGAAGACUUUCACUUCCUAUCCUUUCUUCUCUCAGGCCAAGGACUCUGUGCUAACUUGAUAAGCUACGUUUGUAAGUGCACUGCUUCGAAGCGAAACUUCCUUGAGCGCGUAGAUAGAGAAGAAUUGAGACAUGAUCCUCUUCGCAGAGUCAAAGAAACGGAAAUCUGUCGAGUCAUGAAAGAAUUGCCAGGAAAACUUGAUCACGCCGCUGUUGUUGCAUUCGAAGUAGGAGAAUUCCCGGCAGAACCUUUGAAGAUGGUUUCUGAAGGGACUGUCUUGCAUAACAAGGGGGUAUCGUUAGUGGAAAAGAUCAAAGAAAAAGUACAAAAUCUUACUCACCCCCACAGUCCGGACGACGCCAAGACUGAGCUCGUCAAUUUGUUUAAUAUGCCAGUAUAGAAAUAAUUUCUGAAAUUACAACAAGGAAAUAACUUUUUAAAAUCAUUUUGCAGACAUGCUGAAAAAUAUGCAUUUUGUAUUUAUUUUGUAGUUUUAUUAUUCUGCAUGUUAUGUGGUUAGUUUUUGAAGUAGCACGAUAUGUAUUUACGUGUCUAGUAUCAGUUGUAUGGAUCUGUAUAUUCCGAAUAAUCAUCCACAGGAUUUAACUUCAACUUAUCAAUGAUCAAUCAAUUUGCUCACUAAUCAAUGGCUGCCUGUUGCAAGCUGUCAUUCAUAUCUCAAAUGUAUUUAAACAUUUAAAACUGAUAUAUAUAUAUAUAUAUAUAUAUAUGUAGCAUAGUUUGUAGAAAAUACCUCCCUGAUGUAACUAAUGCGAUAUUGGAUCUCUAAGGUCUUUUAUCAGAUAUAUAAAAAAAGGGAUAUUAUCGGAGAUAUUAGAUAUCAAAAAUUAUAAUCAAAAGUUAUUGAAAAAAAGAAAAAAUAAUUGAAUGAAAAUUUGUAAAAAUCAAAAUAUUAAAUUUAAAAAAAAUAAUUAUAAGAAUAAUAAUAAUAGUGUGACUGAUAGCCAUGUAGCUUAAAGUGACCAUGAGAAUGCUCCGGUAACUGAUCAAAAUUAUCCGGCUUAAACUACCGUUAAUAUCUUAAUCUUUGUAAAAUAUUCACUUGGUCCCCAGGAUUCUCCGGCAGUUUAUAAUCUAUUAUUUCAAAACGUAAUGAAAACCCUGGGCCUUACUUUUAUGCUGGUGUUAUAAUGACUCGUGAUGAAUUCCGUUUCGUUCAUUUGUUUCAUGUGCCAGCACUAGAUGUUACAAUGUAAGAUAUGUUUUACUCACAUUACAUUGAGAUACAUGGCUAGCAAUCAUCACCAAAUGGCCGCCAUGCUGGUCAACACCAAUUUAUAUUUUCUAAUUACGACUCAACCAACAUGGCGGCCAUGAACUAGUUGAACCAGGAUACAGUGCAAACCAUAUAUUCGUGAAAUGGCACAACUACUAAAUAGCACUAAACAUAUCUAUUUCUUUUGAUUUCAAUUACUUUAUUGGUAUUUUGUAGUAAUUAGUUUGGUACUAUUUCACGGAUAUAAGGUUUGCACUCUACUGGAGUUUAUAAAGUGAUUUUAUUUAACCCGAGAAAGAAAUGAUCAUUUUGUUAGUAAUAGUUGAUUAAAAUAAAAGAGAAGACAAUGGGUUUAAAGA